CUGGUUUACAUUCACGACAACAACAACCAAGAAAACUUCUAUAUUUUUCCACUCGAUUUUUUUGCAAAUAAAUCCUCAAGAAGAGUGAGGACCUUGCAACAUGGACUCGAUGGAGCCAAGAGAACCCCUGGAAAAGUCAAACCUGGAGCCCCAGGCAACAUCUUCUGUCUUGUCAGAUGCCAGCAACUGUGAAAAGGCACAGAUGAGCCAAUAUGAGAAGAAAAAUGUGGAAUCUUUGGAGAGCGCUUGGGUCAAGAACCAAGAAGACAGUCUCCCAUUGACAAUGGAGGUGAUUGAGGAGAAGGAGUCUUUUACAGAACAUCACGAUGAAGUAGAGGACUUGGAAGAUGGCAAUGUCUGUAAAAAAACGGAGCUAAAGUCGCAUCUUGAAACACAAUUUAAGUGUUCAAUUUGUCAGAAGGGUUUCUUUGACAAGAGGGAUUGUCAGCAACAUGAGUUGACUCAUUCACAGGAAAAAUCAUUUCAGUACUUUCGUUGUGAAAAAGCAUUUGCGACUAAUUCUGAACUAAAAAGGCAACGGCUUGUUCAUACACGUGAACAACCAUUCAAAUGUUCUCAUCCCGAUUGUGAUAAAACAUUUUGGCGUAGAAGCGACUGUACAACGCAUGAAUUAAUCCACACAGCUGCAGUCAACGAAAAUAAAUUUGCUUGUGUACAUUGUGAGAAAUCAUUUGCGACUUCAGUCCAACAGAAAUCACAUGAAAGAAUUCAUACAGGUGAAAAAACAUUCAAAUGUAGAAAUAAGACUUAUAAAUGGCCUGGUGACUUGAAAAAGCACAAGUCUAAACAUGAAUCAGAUGAGAUAUCAUUUGAUAAAGGUUGUUACAAUCUUGUAUCGGGUGCUAAUUAUCAAACCAAAGACAGUUAUAUUCAGACUGGUGAAAAGUCAUUCAACUGUGGAAUCUGUCAACUCGAGUUUUCGAGUUUGAAUGAAAUGCAGCAGCACUUGCGUACCCAUCCGGGUACAAAGCCAUUUCCGUGUCAAUAUUGUAGUAAGUUGUUUAGCAAUCAAGCAGGGCUUCGGCAACAUGAACGUAUUCACACUGGUGAAAGACCAUUUGAGUGUUCCUUUUGUAACAAGACAUUUAAUCAGACGAGUUCACGGACAUCACACGAAAGGAAUAUGCACACCGGUAUUAAACCAUAUACUUGUCAAUACUGCGGUGAUGCCUUCAGUGAGCGGAGUAAGGUUCGGAUACAUGAAUACAUCCACACAGGAGAAAGACCUUAUAAAUGCAAACAUUGUAAUAAAGGCUUCACCCAGAAACAUUUACAAGUACAACAUGAAUUAGUCCACUUGGAUCAGAAACCUUUUCCGUGUACCUUAUGUGAGAGCUCAUUUACCACGAAACACGGUCUCGAUGCACAUGAACGUUCCCACUCUGGUAUGAGGCCAUUCAAAUGUGACCAGUGUGAUAAAACUUUUGUCGAAAAACGGAAUUUGAAACUGCAUGAGUUGAGCCAUAGUGGGGAGAGACCUUUUCAGUGUCAGUUCUGUGAAAAAUCCUUCUACCUUCCGAACGUUUUGAAAGAACACGAACAGAUUCACUCGGGGAUUAAACCUUUUAAGUGUGAAGUUUGCAAUAAAGCUUUCAGGCGGAAAAAUGACCUUUCUAAACAUGGGAUUACCCAUUCAGGGGAGAAAGCAUUCAAUUGUCAGUAUUGUGGUACAACCUUUACUACGGCAGGAAAUUUGAAUAAACAUGAACGGAAACAUGAGGGUAUUUAUCCAGGGGCGAUGCCGGUGAGAAAAAGUGCUAUCAUGAACCGUGGCGUGUUUUCAUAAUAUUUGACAGCUGUUCUGGACAAGUCUUUGGGUAUAGUCCAAUUCAUUGUUCACUUGAUGAUGGUCAGAGAUGAAUUAGAUAUG